AUGUUUUGUGAUGUGAAUUAUGUGAUUAGAACUACUUUCACAGUAAUAAGUAGUCGUUUCUACCAACGUAAAUAUUCAUUGAACGCCGUUACUACCAUUUAUGGUAUAUGCACAUUUCAAGAUUGUGAUGUGUUCUUCAAAGCUAUACGCAUAGCGAGAAUUAUUCGAGAACUUGACUUUGCAAGAUAUCAUUUCUAUGACCGAACUGGUAUUUAUGAUCGCAGUAGAGAAGUUGGUAUACGAUCACUACAAGGAUCCACUUUAACAGUGUCUUUUGACAUUGUACCUUUGUUUGUACCAUAUAAAAUAAAUACUAAGUUAGUGUACUGGGAUGAAAGGUCUUUAUUCCUUGAGCAUGAAGUGAUAACGUUACAUGAUGGGAAAAUGCGGUGUUUAGUCGUCUCCCGCCAAUUUGCGCUACCAAUUACAAAUAACUCUAGUAAAGAAACUACUGUCAAUCUUCUUAAAUACUUACCAGGAUCGUCUAGAACCCCUCAAUGUCCACAAUAUAUUAAAGAAUGGUUGUUAAGUAUGAAAAUUAACAGUGAGAAAUUAAAAAAGAUGUCGAUU